AUGUCGGACGUUUCAAGGGGCGUCGCCGGGCUGCCCGCGCCGCAUGCCGACGAGGCGAAUGCGCCCAUACAGGCAGAUGCCGAAUCGGACGAGGCGGCCAGCGAUUCGCAUUCCGACUAUUCCGAAGUCGCCUCGCACACGACGAGUCUGCGAUCAUCCGCCUUCGACUACACGUACGAAAAUGGCCGACGAUACCACGCCUACCGAGCCGGGCAGUAUCUCCUCCCCAACGACCUGGAGGAGCAGGACCGACUAGACAUGACGCACCACGUCUUUCGGCUGACACUCGACGGGGAGCUGUGCGUGACGAAGCUUGACCAUCCUCAGGAAAUCCUAGACAUUGGGACAGGCACGGGGAUGUGGGCCAUCGAGAUGGGUGAUUUGUAUCCAUCCGCCGACAUCGUCGGGACAGACCUGAGCCCCAUACAAGCAGAGUGGGUUCCCCCAAACGUACGCUUCGAGAUUGACGACGCCUCCCUGGAGUGGACGUUUCCUCUCCAACACUUUGACUUCAUCCACGCGAGAACCCUGGCCGGGGCCAUCCGGGACUGGCCCGCGCUCCUGGGACGAUGCUUCAAGCAUCUCAAGCCGGGCGGCAAGGUCGAGAUCUCCGAGGGACGCGCCGACUUCUUCUGCGACGACGGCUCGCUGGCCGAGGACACGGCCACCCACAGAUGGCUCUCGGAGUUCCGGAGACUCGCGGCGCCCCUGGGCUUCGACAUCGCCCCCCAGCUUCCGGACAUGCUGAGGGACGCGGGAUUCGCCGACGUCGCCUACGCCCAGAAGGUCGUGCCCCUGGGGACGUGGCCCAAGAACCCGGCCCUCAAGGAGAUUGGCCGCUGGUUCCGCGUGCAGUUCCUCGACAUGGCCCUCGAGGCCUACAGCCUGGCCCUCUUCACCAGGUUGGGCGGCUGGUCCAACGACGAGGCCCAGGUCCUGUUCGCCAUGGUGCGGAACGAGCUCAAGACCAGCAGGAUCCAUCUCUACACCUACACAGCCUUUGUCACGGGAACAAAGCACGCCGACGCGCCAUGA